AUGCACGAGCAGUCGCUUUUCGCCUCGGUUCCAGUCCACCAACACCAUGAGCUUCUUCAGCAGCUGGCUGGAUUGACAGCCAUGCAGCCCCGCCAUUGCCUAGAGCGGCGGUUGAUCUUCAAGGCCUACCGCAAACCCGGGCUGGCGGGGCGCGUCGGAGCCACUCAGGACCUCCAACAAGCGGACCUGCAGCGGCUGAACAAGAUGCUCAACGGGAACAUGUACUACACCCAGGUAGUUGGCCCGGUCUCCGAGCGGGAUUUCGGAUCCACUGCUCCUGUCGACCGAGACAUCCAGAUGGCCGGCGUGGAUGACUCGAAGCCUUCUGGAACUUCAUCUCCGUCUUACGACUAUGAACGUCAGCAAUGGAAGUUGGAGUUCCGUGAUAUCCCGGAAGCUGGUACCCGCUCGGCGGUUACGUCGCGGCUGAUGUCGAGUGCGACCUUGCCGCGGGGUGAUGUCGUACAAGCUAUGAAUGCGUGGGGCUACCAUUUCACUACGGAGUAUUUGGUCGAGGGCGAUAUGUUCGUUCUCAAUGACAUUGCUAUCUUCUUGCAUCGCGUGCUGCAUUACCCGGGCGGGGAUGAGUUGAACACGCCUCGACGACAGCUGCCUGCAUUGAAGGAUAUGGUUCUGUUUGAGAAGAGCGGGAGCUAUGUUCUGCAGGCUUUCAUUAUUGUUCAGGAUGGGAGCAACCAGGAGACGAUGAAGACUGCCUCGCAGCAUCUAUUUGGGUUGCGGGAGCAGCUGAAGUCGGCUGUUCUUCUGGAGCAGGCGGAUCGACUGUCUCUUGAUACGCGGGCGAAGUAG